AAAAAACUCAUUGAAAAUAAAAAUAAAUAAAACAAAAAUAAAUUUCGUUUUAUGACAGUGAAUCGAUCCCUUUAUCUUUGGUUCUUGUCUGAAAAUCUGAUUUGCUCACUUCAGAGAGGAACCAAGCCAAAGCCAUUAUUGGCCAUUAAAACGACACGCCGUGUUAAGUGGUAGCUCGUGCUCUUGCUCUAGCUCUUGAAGAGACAGAGACCCUAAAUUUUUCUGUCUUCAGAUCACACUCUUACCACUUAGUUGCUCGUGUGCUUGGUUUGGAGCUUCUGUUUUGUCGUUUGCAUGUAAAGCUCUUUCUGAAGAUAUGGUAACGCAAUGAUUUGACCCAGAAUGAUCUUAUACAUGGAGACGUGCUUUCUGAAAAUAAUUAGUUGAAAUAACAUUAGUGGGUGGUUAUUUAAUGCCUGGUGAAGAAGGUGAAGACGGGGUUCGCAAUCUGUUCGAAGUAGAUAACUCUUUGCAGGGGCAGCAUCUUUCCCACUCUGUCAAUGGAAAUUGGUCAGUGCUUAAUGAUAAUCUGUGGUUUGGAAUACAAAGGCAUAGUGUCACACCUCUGAACUUAAAUCUGAAGAACUACGGAGUACAAAAAUUAGAUUCUGUGAGAGGACGUGGUGGUGAAUCUACAAGUGUAUCGUAUCAGCCCAAUUAUACAAAAUUGAUCCCAAUACCUGAGAAUAAUCGAAGCCACUCCAGAAACUACCGGUUGAAUACAAAUGGAUCCUUUCUUGGAAACCAGGGUUUCCAGGCAGGGCAGAAUCAACCAGUUUUUAAUGAUCAGCAUAAUUUAAUAUCGAGAGGCUUGUCUAUCCUUAAAUCACAGCAAGAAUAUGAGUCUGGGACUGACAGUCCCACCCUGACAGCAAAUUCUGAAAGGUCAGAGAUUACUGAAGUUUCCACUGAUUUUAAUUUUCUUAGGGGGCAACAACUUGCACAGGACCAUCAACCAGGAACUGUACAGCCUGUUCUAAUGCAGCAGCCUGGUUUCAGUGACAUGCAGUUGUUGCAGCAGCACAUGAUGUUCAAGCAAUUGCAAGAACUUCAAAGGCAGCAGCAACAGAAUCCAUUAACCCAGGUUCCAGCAAUUUCUAGACAGGUUGCUGGGGGUCAGUUCUCACCACUCAAUGGAACACCUAUUAAUGAUGCAUCUCAUAUGAUUAUGAGCUGGGUACAGAGUGGUGCAUCCUCUGGUACGCAAGGAGUAGCUAAUAAACUCAUGCUUUCAGCUGAGCAAGGUCAAUCUCUACGUUCUAUGGGCCUUUUCUCUCAGCCAGUUGAGGGAUCUUUAUAUGGUACUCCAGUUGCUACCGCGAAGGGUAAUAUGGGUCAAUAUUCUGACAGUCAAGGAAUACCUCAAGCACAGAAGCCCAUGGUGCAGUCACCAGGUUUUAGUAACUCCUUUUUGAGAGAUCAGUUCUCUGUUUCUCCUGACCAGGCUUCCAUGCCACAAGGGGCUUUCGUGUCCAGCCAGGGGUUUUCGGGGAAAAACAUGUUCGGACAAGUUCCCAAUCCGGGUUUAAAUUGUGGAAAUUUGUUGGGAAAUAUCCUGGAAGCUAAUUCACCACAAACAAAUUCAUCAAUGAAAGAACUAAAUGGAAGGCAAGAGCAAACUGUUUGGCCUGCAAUGCAGCAAAAAACAACACAACAUGGUCCUAAUCAGGGUUUGGUACCUCUAGACCCAAUGGAAGAGAAGAUAUUGUACAAUAUGGAUGCAAACAUAUGGGAUACUUCUUUUGGAAGGCGCAGUGACAUGGGUGCUACUGGUUUUGGCAAUAUGAUGGAGAAUGCAGAUUUAUCAAAUCCAUUUCCAUCACUUCAGAGUGGCAGCUGGAGUGCUCUUAUGCAGUCUGCAGUGGCAGAAGCUUCAAGCAGUGAUACUGGAAUGCAGGAGGAGUGGAGUGGCUUGACUUUCCAGAAUAUGGAACAGUCAACUGAUAAUCAGCUUUCAAAUUUCAUGGAAAGUGACAACCAACAAACAGGUUGGGUUGAUAAUAACUUGCCAAGUGCCUCCUCUUUUACUUCAAAACCGUUGCAUAUGUUUAAUGAUUCCAAUAUGAGCUCUAGCUUCCCUGGCUUUCAGCAUCAAGGCAUCCAAUUUUCAGGUGAACAGAGAGAGGGUUUGCGCCAUGAUGGUGAAUCCAUAGAGAAGUCUCCUAAGGUCACUGGUGAAUGGGUGGACUGUAAUCCUCAACAGAAGUCAUCUAUUGAGGGUAGUCAACAGGUCCAAUCAUUUAUUCAUUUGAAUAAUGCAUGGGCUGGCCAGAUCAAUGAACACUCUGAAGGUGAUGUGCAGAAACAGAGAAUAUCUUCACAUAUGAACUUAUCUGCUGUACCAAAUGCCGUCAAGUCCCAUCAGGCAACAAGUCAACAUUUCUUGCAGAAUAAUCAAUCUGAUUACAUGCGACAUGCUGAUAUCUCUAUGGUCAAAAGGGAGAAAGAGAGCAUGGAAAAGAGCUCUCAACAAACAUGCAAUGGCCCUCAUGUCUAUAGUAACUCCUACGAUGGAGAAGUUGAAACUUAUGAGAAGCAGAAGAGCUACUACCCAAGGGAGAAUUCUAGUGGCAGCUACAACUCCAAAGGAUUGAGUGGUAGUGAGCAAGGACAUGCGUCACAGUUCCAGUUUCUUGGUAAUGUUUCCAGCAAUGCCAUGGGCUCAGAGCAGGGACACUUAGCUCAUGUGCAAGGGAACUCAAGAGCAUCAGAGGAGGUGCCUUCUGGAGGUGAUCUUAGAUCACUUGGCUCUGAUGAUUCAAAUACUGCUGCUCAGGCAAGACUUAACCAUGAGAGUCAGAAUAUGCUUGAGCUUCUGAACAAGGUUGACCAAUCAAGAGAAGAUGGCACUACAGCACAUUUUGGUUCUGCUGACAGUAAUACAAUGAACAGGGUGCCUGAAACUGAAGUGCAGACAUCCUGUGCUCAAUUGUAUAAUCUGUCUUCUACUUCUCAGGGUUUUGGUUUGAGGUUGGGCCCUCCUCAAAGGCUGCCCAACUCAAGCCAUCUCCUCUCUGCUCAUGGUUCACCUCAGGCAAUAAGUUAUCAAAAUUCCAGGCAAGCCAAUUCUGAGUUAAAAGAGAAAAGCCAGACUUGGGUAGCUUCUCCAUCUUCCUUUCAGACUUUUCCUCCUACUCAUGAUUUGUCACCAAGGGGACAUUGGGAGGACAAAGCUAGUACUGCAGGACAAUCAGGAACCUCCUCAUAUUUGAAUAUGCAAGGAAACUCUAACACUGCAUAUGCACCCAGUCCAUAUAUGAGAAACCAGCCUCAGAUGCAAUUCAAUUCUUCCCAAGCUUCACAAGCAACAUUGGCAAACACACCUAGCAGAUACCAACUUCUUAACCGUGCUACCCCUCAUGAUACAUCUCAACAGAUUUACACCAAUCCCUUGGGUCAGCAAUUUCCAGUUCUGGAAUCUGUUCCUGUAUCUCAGUCAUUGAUUAUGACUGGAAUGUCUCAGCAGGUUGAGGGUUCAGGAAGGCCGCACAAUGUAUGGACAAAUGUAACAAUUCAGAGACAGCCUCCUUCCUCCAUGGAUCCAUCAAAUAAUAGCAUGAUUAACUCCCCAAAAGGAGGAUAUGGAUCACCUGAAUUUGGUACUUUUGAGCAGCAGAUAUCAUCUGAGACACCUGACACUUUCCAGGCAGCUGUUUCACUGCAUGGGUUGAAGCCUUCACCAAAGCAUGCCUCAGAUUCAAAUGCUAUUCUGUCUGGCUCUCUAUUGGCUCGUUCUAAUCAACAGGCUUUUGACAGAGAAAAGAAUGAAGAUAGCCAUGCCCUCACUGCUUCUGAAGGGAAUUUGGUAUCUGUUGGUCAGUCUUUGGAAUCAUGCCUCCAAGUUCAUCAAAAGUUUUCCCUAAGUGGCCAAGUGCAGGCAGUGAAAAACAUUGAGAAUGAUCCAAGUAGGAGGGUGGGACAAUAUGAACAUAAUUCCAAGUUUGGAAAUCUUGUGGAUAGUGAAAGGAGUGCAGUGGUACAACCAAAUUCCUUUACAACCAGGGAUACCGAUAUGAUGAGCCUCCAAGAUCAACCUUCUACUGAGAUGGCAAACCUUGGCCAAAGUGAUUCUCAGAAUCAACCUGGAGGCAAUAUGGCAUCUAAUAUUACUGAUAAUAGCCAGGUUAAUCUGCGUAUGGCACCCUCAUGGUUUAAUAAAUAUGGGACUCUGCAAAAUGGGCAGAUGCUGCCUCCAUAUGAUGCCAGACUUGCAAAAAUGGCUGUAGGGCAGCUCUCUCAUGUAAAGCCUCAGAAUUUGCACAUUCAAGCCUCUGUGCAGCGAGUAGACGCUACUGAUGCUAAUCAAGGUGGUACUCUUAUGCCAAGUGCGCUUGCAACCUUGGUAGAAACGGAACACUCCUUUGGUCCUUCUGUGUUGCCUUCAGACAUUGCCAAUCAAAGUGUGGAUAGUACAAGACAAAAGAAGCGCAAAAUAAUGACACCUGAGGUUCUUCCAUGGCACAAAGAAGUGGCACAAGGCUCUCAGAGGCUUCAAAAUAUGAGGAUGGCAGAGGAACAGUGGGCAAAAGCCUCAAAUCGGUUGAUUGAGAAGAUGCAAGACGAGGUUGAUAUUCUUGAAGAUGUGCCACCAGUGUUUCGAUCAAAGAGAAGGCUUGUCUUGACAACACAACUUAUGCAACAAUUGCUUCGUCCUGCUCCAGAAUCCAUUCUCUCAGCAGAUAUGAAUUCACACUAUGAUAGUGUAAUAUAUUCUGUUUCAAGAUUAGCCCUGGGGGAUGCAUGUAGCCUCACCUACUUUCCAAGAAAUGGCUUGCUUGAGUUCAUGGACAACAGUAGCAUGAUUUCUGAGAAGCUUGAUACAUUCGAGGGAACUUAUGAGCAGCAACUUUCAGAAGUUGUUGAAAAGUUAACUAAUAGAGUGAAGAAGCUUGAAAAUGACUUCCAAAGAGUGGAAAAGGCAGCAUCUAUAGUGGACAUAAGAGUGGAAUGUCAGGAGUUGGAGAGGUUUGCUGUCAUCAACCGUUUUGCCAAGUUUCAUAUAAGAGGACAAGUUGAUAUCUCUGGCACCUCUUUACCUUCUGUCACACCAAAACCAUUUCUCCAGAGAUACGUCACUGCACUUCCGAUGCCCAAUAAACUUCCCGAAGGCUUACAAUGUGUUUCACUGUGAUAUUGAUUGCUUGAUCUCCUAAUAUCAGCAGCCCAUAUCCUUAAUUCACACAUCUAUGAUCUCUCUGCACAAGCCUAUAUGCUGGCAUCCAAGAAAGAGAGGAAAGCAAGAUGGAAACUGGACAGAUCAACCGUAUUAAGUGAGGCACUCAAUCAUUUUGAUCGAGGCCACAGUGGUCAUUUUUGGGGAAGUAUAUAUUGUUUCUUGUAUAUUUUCAUGAAUUUCCAAGGAGAAUAGGAGUUUUUUUGAAGUAUCUUUUGGAAAAUGAAGAGGGUCAUUAGCAUGGAUGUGUUUUUAGCUCUUUUAAGUUAUUACAUAAAUCAGUAAAAAAUUUAGCACAAGUAAUUAAUGGCUAUCCUAUUUUCGUGUA